GCGAACACAGCCAAAGUGCGCAAGAUUUCCGGACGAACGCCAGUCUGCGCACACGCCGACCACAGCCGGCCGAAACCAGUGAAUCAGUGUCAGUGCCAAUAGUGAUCAUGAAUAGCUACGUUAAAAUCGUAGUGGUGUGCGCGUGUAUAGCGCUGACUUCGGCGCAGUUCGGUUACGACGUGGACUUAUCUGAUGGGUACUUCGGCACCAACUUUGGGGCUUCGGGCUUCGGUGCUUCGGGCCUCGGAGCGCUAUCUGCGGCCGCCGCUAGAGACCCCAGGGCUAAUACAGGUCCCGUGUUGUUCCCCCAGUCUCCCCCCGGCGACCCGUCCCAGACCAGCGGCGUCGUAGUAGGUGCCUCCGGGUACGGCUUUGUGCCUCCCGGCUCUCAAGGUAAACCUUACGGAAGAUAAUAACCCUAGUCAACAUGUAGUUAGCACUAAUAUCCGAAGCACUCUAAAUUAUCAGGAUUAUAAACUCCGAAUGCCAAUUACCGCGGUGCCAGGACCCUAAAAUAGUUUUUUUUUAUCAAUACCGCGUGUAUUACUGGAAAUAUAAUAAUGGCCACUAUUCCAAUAAAAUUCUAAAUUUGAAAAGUACAAACGCACAUCUUUUGUUUUCGUUCUUUUAAAAUUGGAACAAAGAACUAGUUAGUUCUUAAAGUUUAUAAAUGGUCAUUGUUAUGUUUCGAGCAGAAUUUUAAUAUUAAUAUAAUUUAUUUGUAUGAAAGCUUUAAUGCAUGGAUAGUAUUUGCAUGAACCUCCCCAUACCCUGGAAUGGAAGCUUUGUACAAAUGUAACCAGGGGUUAGAACUAAUUUUGUAUUAUAUAAAUGUAAAUACUUUUACAUGGACGAGGCUGUAAAUAGAUCCGAUGUAAUUUUAAUUUAUGGU